ACGCGCAUGCGCAGUUUCAAUUCUCAAAUUGAUCCGCUUGCUGCUAACUAGCUGAAUCAUUUGAUUGAGCUUUUCUCAUUUACGUCUCUUCCAGCUUGUCUUGCAGUGCAAUGGCGGCAAGAUAUGACAGAGCAAUUACUGUCUUUUCCCCCGACGGUCAUCUCUUUCAAGUAGAGUAUGCACAAGAAGCUGUAAAGAAAGGUUCCACCGCAGUUGGAAUCAGAGGUAAAGAUAUUGUUGUUCUUGGUGUGGAGAAGAAAUCCGUUGCAAAGUUGCAGGAAGAAAGAACCGUCCGCAAGAUCUGUGCACUGGAUGAACAUGUCUGCAUGGCAUUUGCGGGUCUGACGGCAGAUGCCCGUAUUGUGAUAAACAGAGCUCGGGUUGAAUGCCAGAGUCACAGGCUAACAGUUGAGGAUCCUGUCACAGUGGAAUAUAUCACAAGAUACAUCGCCACUCUGAAACAGCGUUAUACUCAAAGCAACGGACGCAGGCCGUUUGGAAUCUCUGCAUUAAUUGUUGGCUUUGACUACGAUGGAACCCCAAGGCUGUAUCAGACAGACCCAUCAGGGACCUACCACGCUUGGAAGGCAAAUGCAAUCGGCCGCAGCGCGAAAACAGUGAGGGAGUUUUUGGAGAAGAAUUACACAGAUGAAGCCAUCGCUGGGGACAAUGAGGCCAUCAAGUUGGCUAUCAAAGCCUUGCUGGAGGUUGUCCAGUCAGGAGGAAAGAAUAUUGAACUUGCUGUUAUUAGACGAAAUCAGCCACUCAAGAUCUUGGAAUCCAAGGAAAUUGAGACCCUGGUGGCCGAGAUAGAGAAGGAAAAAGAAGAGGAGGCAGAGAAGAAAAAGCAGAAAAAAUCCACUUAAAACUUUUGACUUAAUCUUUGGUUUAUUGCACUUGGAUUACAAUAGUAUCUUUGGGUUCCAUACAUUAGUUUCAAAGAAUGUACUCAUUUGUUUCAUUUGUUUGCUGAGCUGAAUCUUAACUUCAGAGCUGCAGAUACUGCUUAAACCUUUUCAAACAUUUUUGGGUGAUGCACCAGAACCAGUUCCUAUCAAGAUGACAAAGGUUGGAUGCAACCAUUAAUCCAAACUCUGUUUGUCCACAGCUAACUGCUACUGUGUAUGUUAGAUAUUCUUUUCUCAAGGUUUGAAUUUAGAUCUUUUGCCAGGCUUUGGCGAAUUCAAAAACUGCUCAAAUGUUGAAUACAUUCUACAUGAUGUUGAAAUCCAGAAUGAAACCAAAUAAUCAAUAAAAGUGGAUUUUUUUUUAUGUC